AUGAAGUCAUCAGUAGUACAACUUCUUCCACCAAAAUCAACUUCACCAAGAGAUGGGUUAACUGGAGGAAAACCUAGAACUAGCUCUGGUGAUGAAGAAGAAAAAGAUGGAAAUGAGAAAACUGAACAGAUUGAGGGUCCUGGAAAUAUACCACUUCCACCACAACCACAAUUAUCUAGUGAAGGUGCUGAUGCUAUUCCUUUACCACCUAUUGAUGAUGCUGAAGAAUUGAAAAAUAUUCCAAUACCAGCCAAGGUUAUAUUUACAACAGAGAAGGUACCAGUUAGACCAAAGAGUGGAGAAAUAAAGCAGUUGUUGAAAGAAGAUAAUGGAAAAGAAAACGAUGGUGGUCGAGAAUCUGUAUCAUUUAGCUUCAACAAGAAAGCCACCAUGACUGUUGUUCCCACAGCACCAUUAAGUGCAGCAUUCAGUGCUGAAGACCAUUCUAGUGACAAAAAAUUAACUAUUCCCAAUGGACAAUUAACAGAUGAGUCUGCUAAAAAGUUGGAAGAAAAAAGCAUGUUUGACUUUGUGAAAAUAAUGAACAAGGGUGGAACGAAAGAACUAGAUUGGCCAGCUGGUAUGAUUAAACAAACCAUAACUACACCAGUUAUUAAUUAUAGUUGUAAUCCCUUAUCAUUUGAUUUUAGUAUGCUUUUUAGAAUGCCCAGCAAGACUGAAACUAGUGUUAAUGUAGCUAAUGAUGUUCCAAUGCCCAAUGAGAGCAAGACCAAUACAGAAUCAGUUCCUCAGGAUCAUGGAACGAUGGAGAAUGAAAUUGUUCAAGAAGCUGCUAGUGUGAUAGAGGAGCUCAAAGAUGAAAUUGUUCUUCAAGAAACCACAAAGAAAAAGAAACAUAAAAGAAAGAAGUCAACUAGGGUAACAGUUAAUGAAUUAGGAAUAGAGGUUGUCACUAAGCAUAAAAAACACAGAAAGAAAAAGAAAAAGAAGCAUAAACAUUCUUUACCAUUAGCAGAUGGAGAAACAAAAUCAAACAAAAAGAAGAAGAAAAGAUCUUCCUCUAAAACUGAAAAGGAGGAAGGCAAAGAUGUUGAAGCUUCAAAACCAAAGAAACAUAAAAGAAGAAAACACAAAAGGAGACAUAGUCAUGCCAAGAAAGGCGGACAUGCAGAAGUGGGAGAAAUACCAGAUGAAAAAGUUGAAAAGAAAAGACAUAAAAGAAAGCAUGGCACAGAGGAGAAAGGCGAACAUCUCUCUGACAAGGAAGCUGAAGUAAGUCUCUUUAAGAAAAGGAAACGAAAAAGGCAUCAUGGUCCAGCAUCAGGUGGUGAUGUUAAAACCUCAGAAGAUUUUCCUACAGAAAACCCUGAGAAACCAAACAAUUUAACACAAUUCAAACAACAGCCUUUAUCUAAAAGUCCAGCAAAGGCUAAAACUCCAGUUAACAAACAAACCCCACCAGUGGCUAACAGCACCAAAAGUGUAGACAAGACUCCAGAUGGCUCAGUGGCAGUCACAAAGGGUUCUAAUUCUAAAAGAAGUCUUGCUUCUGAGGAAAUGACUCCUAAGACACAGAAGUCUUUGAAUCAAGAUAAGGCAACCCCCAAAGCAGAAGACACUUGGAGUAAGAUGGAAGGAUUGUACGAAUCUAAAAAGGAAGUAGGAAAUAAAGGUAAAUGGGAUACUAGCGACAGUGAGGAUAAUGAUGAGUCAAACAUCAAAGAUUCAGCAAAAGGUGCUAAACAAUCAAGACUGUCUCGAUCAAGAGAAAAAAGAAGAGGCAGAAAGUCACCCUCCAGUGAUUACAGUUACUCUUCAGACACUGAGGAAUAUAGUAGAAGUAGAUCUAGACAUAGAACCAGAUCACGUUCAUAUAGUAGAAGCAGUUCAAGAAGUAGAUCUCGGUCUUACUAUUCUUAUGAUUCUAGAUACAGUAGAUCUUCUUCCAGAUCAAGAUCGCGAUCCGAUUCUAGAUCUCGAUCCAGAAGAAAAAAUGGUCGAAGAUCCUACUCGAGAGGUAGAACUCAUUCCUAUAGUAGUAGAAACUCCAGCUACUCUAGAUCACGGAGUAGAUCUUAUGAACGUUCCAAGAGGUAUUCUAGUUCAAGGUCCAGAAGUAGAUCCACAGAAAAAUUGAAGAAGUUAGCAGAGAAGAGCACAACAAAAGAAACAGAUGUAAAUGAGGGAGAAGAAAAAGAUGAGGGUGUGGAUCCUGGAGAAAUUCCUCUUCCUAUUGGUGUAUCUGAAAAUGGAGAGUCCAAGGAUGAUGAUAAGGAAAUGGAUGAUAUACCAUUACCUCCUACAGCAGAGGAGAAAUCAUCAGAAGAACCACAAAUUCCAAAUGUGACUGGAAGCCUGAAAGCAGUUUUUGCACCUCCACCACCACCACCCCCUCCCAAGAUAGCAACUGAAACAUCUCCUACUACUUCUGAACCACCUCCUAGUCAGUAUGAACAGAAAUAUCCAGAUCAAAGUCCAAGAGGUCCGAGAGGUAUGAUGCGGCCACCAAGAGGUCCGAUGCCGUACAACAGAAUGAUGCCACCACCACACAUGAAUGGUCCACCUCCUCCUUUCCAUGGAGGUAGAAUGCCACCUCCGUUCAUUGGUCCUCGUAUGCCUGAUCAAUCUAAGUCUCCCCCACCUUUACCACCACCCAGGUCACCUUCACCGCAACCACCACCACCACCAAAGAAACCAGAGGUUGAGCCAAUGCAGCCAAUAUUUAUACCACCUGAACAAGCUGAACAGUAUAAGAAACUUCAAAAACAAGCUCAGAAACAUGCAAAGAAAUUACGUCGCCAAGAACAGCAAGAAAGGGGUGAAGAGGUGUCAGAAGAAGAAGAAGAAGAAGAGGAAGAAGACAAGAUGGAAACUGAUGAGAACCAAAUUGAAGCUGAACUGAUAUCACAAAUAGAUGAAGAAUCUGCUUCUUCGCUUUUAGCAUUACCCACUGCACAAAGUCCUAUGCUUCAACAACAAACUAUAUUACUGCCUCAGCAGCUACCAGGACAAUUAUCUUUCUCACCUUCAGGACAAUUGUCUUUAGCUCCAACAGGUCAACUUUCAAUUACUCCAUCUGGUCAACUUAUAGCAGCACAACCACAGAUUCUUCUUCCUAAUUCAUUAGGUGGUGGAUUACCAGUUCAAGCUGGAGCUCCUGUUUACGCCUUACCUCAAACCACCCUAGGAUCCCAUGCUCUUACCAGUCCAGUUUCUUUGUCAUCUCCAGCUUUAGGAGGUCAUCUUCCUAUUCUUUCUCCUUCCUUACAAAAUAUUGGCCUUGCUCAGUCUCAGUUUGGCUUACCAGGAGCUAUGCAUGCAAUACCUGGACUUCAUGGUGGUUUUGCAAUGCCUGGUAUGCACGGCUUACCUGGUAUUCAUGGUCUACCAGGACUACAUGCCAUGCCAGGAUUACAAGGCCUUCAGCCAUUACCUCAAAUGAUAUCAUCCUUACCGUCUCCCCAGGGUCAGGUCAUUCUGAUCCCUCGAUUGCAAAGACCAAUUUGAUCUCUGUCAUGAUAAUAGUGCUUAAGAUUUAUCUUGUGAUUUUGUACAAAGAUUUGUGAUAAUUUAUUUGAUUUUAGUUGAUUAGAGUCAAUACUGAACUCUUUAUGCAAUGUAGAUUUUAAUGUUUGUAGACGUUGACACUUAAUGUUAGGCUGAAUUUAUCAAAACAUUAAAAAAUGGAAAAGUUUUGGUCAUGACUAUAUGUGUUAGUAUGAACUAGAAAAUAACAUAUUACUUAAGUAAUGAAUUCGUAUGAUGAAUGAAUUGCCGUUAUAGGCUAGACCUUUACUGUAUGCUUAUUAGUAUUUCAUUAGAAGACCUUACAGCAUUAAUAUUGCAAACGAUCAACCAAAUUAAGUAAAUGCAAAUAUCAUUGUAUGUCCAUGACAUUUUCAAUGUGUUACAUAGAGAAUAUGUAUAACCUGUGUUAUAUGUACAAUAAUGUAAUUUAGUUAUAUGAUUAUUUAUGACUAAUGAUCUCCAGUGUGUCAAGUGCCUGUGAUUUUGUCAUAUAUAUUGUUUGUUAAAUAAGCAUUAUAUCUGUAUGAAGGCAGAUAUGAAUAAACUAAGCUAUAAUGUUAUUGCAUUGGAAUUAAAAAAAGGAGAAAGCUCGUGAAUGAGUAUGCUCUAGUCAAGUUAAUUUAAGAAAGGCGGUGACUCAAAUAUAUGUACUUAUUUGAGAAAUUAGCUUUGAAGGAUUUACAAAAUUGUUUUUGAUUGAGAAUUUUAAAUCCCUAAAGAAUCUGAAGUUGGAUUUGAAAAGGGAUGCCUACAGCUAAAAUUGAACUUUGUUUAGCAAACUAUAGAAUCCCAUCAAAUAGUUUGUAUAUGAAUGCUUAUCCAAAUUUUAUUUGUCCAUCUAAUAGUGGAUACAUUUUUUGCCUGUCUAAAAGGUUUAACAAAUUUUUCUUGCAAGCUUUAAAUAAUUUGAAAAUUUUGUCUGAUAAUGUAAUGAAAAAUCGAAUAUUCAGCAAUAAUCAAUAAUGGGUUGUAUAGAUAUUUUUGUUUUAAGAAAUAGUUCCAUUAUACUUCAUAUAUUGUACAUUUAUAUUUUGUGUUUUCUAGACAAUUAUCACGUUCUAAUCAUGUGUUUGUUUAUGUUAAAUCAAUAAGCUAAAAUAAUGUUUGCAAAUUGAAACUAUUGUUAGCUUUCUUAUCUUUUCUGUAAUUAAUUUAUUUUGUAAAUAUCUUUGAUUUUAAACCUGACAAAUUAAUGUAAAAAUGAAAUAAUUAAUUUUAUUGUUAAAAAAUUGUUACAUUGUGUUUCAACUGUGGUAUUUUAACCUUCAAUACAUAAUGCCAAUAUUUCAUGCUGAUAAUUUCAUUUUAAGAUUUGCUUUCUGAAACAAAAUGUCUAGCCGUCUGCUGAACUAUUUUGCUUUAUUUUCAAUUGUUAUAUUCAUACUUAAAGACAAGUUUCAUUUCAUAUGAUGGUCACUGAUUUUAUUAAUAGAUUCUUUGAGUUUUCUUAAACUAAAAUUAUUUAUUGAUUAUGUGUCAAUAUAAGGUGAAUUUUUUUAUAAUUUUACUAAGCAAUAAUUUGCAGAGAAAUUCAUCUUAUGUUUUGAUUAAAGCCUUUGAAAAUGAAAUCUGCUAGAUAUUACAUAGUAAAUUAGGCCUGGUUGAGAAACAUUUUAUGUAUGAAAGUUAGUUUUUAAGAAUUUGAAAAGCUUUUUGUACAUGGUUUAUGUGAAGAGAUGUAUUUAUUAUCUUGUUAUUACCACACAAGUCACAGUUGACAAUAAAUCUAUUCUUGAAGAAA